AUGAAUAUUUUCUUCUUCUAUUAUUUGAUUGGAGUGAUAAAUUUUCACUACGAUGCAUCAAGAGAAUCUGUCAGCGCUAGCAAAACGAUCAGAGUGCUCAAACUUGUACUUCAUUUAGUUAUACCAAAUGCAGUACUUCUAUUGAUUGCGAAUAUUGGAUAUUCGGGCAUAAUGCUUACCGUGCCCUCCGUGCACAUGCUGGUGUUUUUGGUUCGCAUCAUUUCUACGGUUCUGACGAUGAAUGUAAAUUUGCUUUUAAACUAUUACUAUUCUAGUACGGAUCAAAUAGCAUUAAUGAACGAUUGCUUAGGAUCUUUGCGCAGCAGAAACUUCAUUGGUGACCGAUAUUUGUUCUUUGAAUCUCGGGUGGUGCUUGGUAUUUUUUUGAUUCAUUACAUUAACUACGAGAUAAAUCAAUAUACGUAUGUAAUAUUGUACGAUGAGGGAUGGAUCGAACUCAUGUUUUACAUCCUAUUCUAUUUUAUCGAAAUGGUAACCGUAAUGUCUGCUCUAUACUAUGGGACAGUUUUGAAUUUGCUUUGUCGUAUGGUGCAGCUCGAGUGUUCCCAAUUAACAAGCAUGAUCAAGCGCCAUUCCAAAUAUGAUCUGAGGUUUCCCGGUGAUUCGUAUUGGUGGCGUACGAUCGAACUUUUUUACGGUCGUGCACUGAUAUUGAAUCAGCGCAAGCGGUCUUACUGUAGCGCCUUUGGGUUACAGCUGAUCACGAUUGCGUUGAAUACGUUCAUUUGUUCGUUUUCAAUUUUUUACGUUAACCUGAACAUCAUCUUAGUUACGCCACAUAACAGCUGGUUGGAAAAGUACAAGCGAGUGACGGAGUGUAUGGGAUUUUUCUCGCAGUUGGGAGCCUUGUUAUUAAUAUGCCUUUAUGCUACCAGAUUCGAGCGUAAGGUAAAAUACUCUAUUAUACAAUUAGAAGUAAUGCACAGAUACGCAUUGAUGCAUUCAAUUAUCGACUGCUAUUUUUAAGAUCAAACGCAAAUUGCACCGUUACAACUUUUCAAUUUUGAUAUGCGAUAUUUUUUUGGAAUUGUAACAGCUAUUGUAACGUAUUUGGUGGUGCUGCUACAAUUCCGAGCGAUGGAACCAGAACAAAAUUAA